GCGCCCGUCCCCGCCCCGGUGGAGAUGUGUCCUUCUACUGCCUUGGAUAAAGUUCAGGAUGUGACCAAGCGCCAGGAAAACAUAUGCGCACUGCCAGUCUAACGUUCACCCACAGCUUGUAGCUGUUACCUGUAGAGCAGGAGGUUAGUAUUCCUAUACCGACAACUGGGAAGGAGACGAUUCCGGGAACUUCAGACAGAAAGAUCAAACGGGAAAACGAAAAUAACAAUUUAUUUGCUAUGCGCAUUCCGACCGGGAGGAACUAAUUGGACAGACAGGUUGGCCUUUCAUUGGGACUCCCGUGUCUACUGCUCCAUCUUCUCCAGUGCUGUAAGUGCAAACAGAGGGGACAUUGGACAGUGACUGCGUCAAUGAUGGCUGGAUGUUGUAUGUCGGCCGAGGAGAAGGAGAAUCAGAGAAUCAAUCAGGAGAUUGACAGGCAACUUCGGCGGGACAAGAAAGACUCGCGCAGGGAACUCAAACUGCUGCUAUUAGGUACUGGAGAGAGUGGGAAGAGCACCUUCAUUAAACAGAUGAGAAUCAUCCAUGGGGCCGGCUACUCAGAGGAGGACAAGCGCGGCUUCACCAAGCUGGUGUACCAGAACAUCUUCACUGCCAUGCAGUCCAUGAUCCGCGCCAUGGAGACCCUCAACAUCCCCUACUCUGAGGCCCAGAAUAAGGGCUAUGCCAGCAUGUUGAGUGAGGUGGAGGUGGACAUGGUGAAUGAUCUGGAGAGAGGCCAUGUGGACGCCAUCAGGAGCCUGUGGAUGGACAGUGGAGUGCAGGAGUGCUACGACCGGCGCAGGGAGUACCAGCUUUCUGACUCCGCCAAAUAUUAUCUGAGUGACAUGGACAGGAUCGCAGAGCCCUCCUACCUGCCCACCCAGCAGGACAUCCUGAGGGUCCGAGUACCUACAACAGGCAUCAUCGAGUACCCCUUCGACAUGGAAAACGUCAUCUUCAGGAUGGUGGAUGUGGGGGGUCAGAGGUCAGAGAGGAGAAAGUGGAUCCACUGCUUUGAGAACGUCACAUCCAUCAUCUUCUUGGUGGCGCUUAGUGAGUACGACCAGGUGCUGGCUGAGUGUGACAAUGAGAACCGCAUGGAAGAGAGCAAAGCCCUCUUCAAGACCAUCAUCACAUACCCCUGGUUCCAGCGCUCUUCUGUAAUCCUUUUCCUCAACAAAACUGACAUCCUAGAGGAGAAGAUCACACACUCCCACCUUGUCAACUACUUCCCAGAAUACACCGGGCCACAGAAUGACCCUAAAGCAGCCAGGGAGUUCAUCCUGAAGAUGUACCAGGAGCAGAACCCAGACCGAGAAAAGACUGUCUACUCCCACUUCACUUGUGCCACCGACACAGAGAACAUCCGCUUUGUCUUUGUUGCUGUCAAAGACACCAUCCUCAGACACAACCUCAAGGAGUUCAACCUGGUUUAGAGGAGAGCUAGGGCUUCUGCAAGGUUAGGAGACAUCUAGACUGGUCCGAGAUGAUGUGCUUCAGCCAACUUCUCUAUCGUUGACAUGAGUUGGUUAAAGCACAUACAGAUCUGGGAUCUGGCUAGGAGACCUGAGAGUAGAUGUAUAUGGUUAGGUUGGAAGGUCAGAUUGAUGUGCUAGAAGAAUAUGCUCAGACUGCCAGAUUUGUAGUGCUGUUUUUCUGUCCAGGGUGCCUUUUAGGUUGAGCAUCUAUACCAAGAGAAAAGCUCCUCUAGAUAACUUUUCAAAAGGAUGAAAAUUCUACUCAUAUGUAUAGUGACAGGGAUGCCAACGUUACGUUUUAAGUAAAAUAGAUUUUUAUUGUAUGGUCGUUGUACCAAAAAAUGUUUUUUUUCCUUGAAAUGGAUGACUUUAAUUUAUUUGUUGUGGAGUUCGCACAGAGGAAGGAGUUAAAGUAUAGCACCUUUUGAUUGAUAUAAAAAUGAACUGUGUUAAGCUGAUGUAUCUAGCAAUUAUGUACAACACUCCUCAGGAUGUCUUUCCUUGAGCAGUAGUGUGAUAGUGACGACAGUGAGAGUGCAAGUGAAAUUGUGGAUUCAGUCCUUGUCCAAGUCUUUUACUUGCUUAAAUGUGAGCAAAACUUGGCCGUAAAAAUGCAAUGUUUUCAUACAGAUACUGUAUUUAUGUACUCCGUAAUAUAUCUAAACAGUGAAGACGUGCAUAUUUUAGCCAAGUAAUCAGUCUAAAGUGCCUUGUUUGUGAGAGGAAUAACAGAAUAAUUCCAGUGAACUAUAGAGACAUUUACCAGAGACCUUCAUUUAGGCGCAAAUCCUUCCUUCCACUUGAUUCAAAUUUUCAGUUGUUGUCAAUGGGAAACUAAGUGAAAAUUCAAAUUUGAAGUGGGAGUUAGGAUUCACCCCGAAGUGCAUAAACAUGAAUAGGUAUUCCUAACAACCGAUUUUUGGUCAUGAAAGAAUUCUCCAUUCAUAGAUUAUGACCAUUUACUUACUUAAUAUGUGCAUUAAGUCAUUUCUACAUUGUUACAUUUCAAUAAAUUGUUAGUCAAAUU